CAACAGAAACAUAGUAAUGGCGAUUUGCAGGUGUUGACGUAAAAUUUCAGGUGUGACAAAUAACUUAAACUUUUUGUUCAAAAUGAUUUUUGGUGAACAGACAUUUCAAAAAAGGUACAAGCCUAUGUGUUUUCUAAGUAAUCGUUUAUAAAGCAUCGUACUUACGGCUGGGUAAUAAAACAUUGAUUUAUAAAACGUAAACAACAAGAUGACAAUGAAUCAUAAUAAUGAUAAUCCACAUUCUGAACUGACUGACAAGACUUGAAUUUUGCACAGAUUGAGAUCUGUCAAGGAAGUUAAAACAUCGGUAUUUACAUAUUUGAAAAUAAUACAAGCAUGCCGUCGAAGAAACAGCGAUUGGAAAUGCUGGCCCGUGUUUGGGCAACCCCUACCCCCUUUGACAUAGACUUCUUUGACAAGGGGAACGAAAUAGUGAUAGUGUCAUCAUAUAGGGACAUAGUCACUUGGUGGAUGAACAUUUUCCAGAUCAUGUACCCUAAUGAUCCAUUUCGUGAGAAAGAGGACAUUAUAAAAAUCCCAGUUGGGAAGAAAGUCACCUUGAAACUAAACAAACGUACUGGCACGAUGAAGAUAACUGGAAAGGAGCACAUGCUUUGGAUGACAGAAGAGUUUCCAAAUGUUCUUGAGACUGGAAACGAUGAGGUUGAAGAACUUGCAGAUGCUUCAGAUACAUCCGUUACCCGGUUUCUUCAACUUGACAAGAACACAGAAGAGGUCCAAGAUCUUAUCGACAUGAUCCCAGAAGGUGGUGGCAUCAUGAUGAACGACUUCAUCAUGAAAAUGUGGAAGAGUCUGAUAGAUGAUUGGCUGGGAUGUGGAGCAACUGUCUACAUAGUGACGCCGCGCAUAGACGAGGAACGUUUGUUCCAACUGUUCUUGCUAAUGAUUCGAAACAAGGGGACCGGCUUUCAUGUGACGCUCGUAACGCCAGCAAAAUCCUCUGAUGGUGUAAAGUUCAUUAAAGUGUUAAACACUACUCGAAGAAUGUUAAAGAAAACUCGUACACCAAGGACACAGAAAAGGCUUGUAUCUGAUGUUAAAAUCCAUUUUGCCAUGACAAGCCUCAACAUGCAUCACGAGAAUUUCUCUACAAACUUUGUAGCUGGUUUUAAAGAUGAUGAGGCAGAAGUACUAAGCACCACCGCGCAUUUCCAUAAAAAGCACUUUCACACCAAUCAAAAGGACAAUGUUUCGUACACUCGUAUAAGCACGGAUGAUUUAAGGAGAAACUAUCUCUUUCCUCUCGGAUUGAGCCCUGUGAAUUACUGAUGUGUGUAAAGAUGUAUAUUUAUAGACUAGUUUUGCACAAAUGUAUAGCAAUCAAAUGAAGCAAAUUGUUUUUUAAGGCAGCCAGUUGUAAAUAGAAAUGUGUUUGCACAAACUGAAUCACUGGUAAGACGGUAAUUAAGAUUUGAACAAUUAGGAAAUUGAUAGGGAAUGUGAAUGACAGUAGUGUAUAAAAGAGCAAAUACAAAACAGCUUUAAUUUGAUACUUUGAUUGUACUACCGGUAAUAAUAAAGGUAAACAAAAAAUUAACCCUUCAAUGUCAUAUGUUUGUACAGGUUUGCACAAUUCAGAAUCAUAUUGAAUUUAUGUAAAUAUAUGUGUAAUGUGCUGAAGUACAUAUAUGUGGAUGAUUUAAUGUUCUAGAAAGAUAUUUUUAGUUUUAAAUUGCUAUCGUCUUUAGAUAACAUUUAUUUUGUAACAGAUUAUUUGACAAAUACAGUAAUACAAAAGUA